CUACACUCCACGUCUCUACUGCGCAGGCGCGCACACACACACACACGCGCACAUACACACACACUCACACGGGAAGAGACAGGUCUCUUUUCUCCACAGAGGAAAUCCAAGUCUGCUUAGAAAGCUCUUAGGAGCUCAUAACCACCAGUAAAGCUGUAUAAGCACCGGGUUGACGGGACCGAAGGUAGCGGCGCAUCGUACGGGGAGCUGCCUGCUGAAAUCGCCAUGAGCUACAAACCGAUUGCUCCUGCGCCAUCCGGCUCCAACCACACACCUCCAGGCUCCUCUGUGCCCUCUCCAUCCCUCCCCUCGUCAUCCAACUUUAGGCCGGCUUUUAGUGACUUUGGCCCACCCUCCAUGGGCUUUGUUCAGCCUGUCAAAGUGUCUCAAGGGUCAACCUACAGUGAGCUUCUGUCUGUCAUUGAGGAGAUGAGCCGUGAGAUCAGGCCUACAUACGCUGGGAGCAAGAGCGCUAUGGAGAGGCUAAAGAGAGGUAUAAUCCAUGCCCGUGCACUGGUCAGGGAGUGUCUUGCAGAGACGGAGAGAAGUGCACGCACAUAACCUUUUCGAAAGCUCCCUUCACUCCUUCACUCUUUCCCUGUUGGAGCCUGUCCUCAUUAAGAGCCCCAUCAUCUGUUUUACAGCCAUUUUCUAUCUUCUCACCUUUUGCGCUUUCCUCAACGGCUUUUUAUAGGUGCAUUAUGUCCUUCUCGUCUCCACUGUUCCCUGCAUUCCACCAGACCUAUUUUGCCCAUCACAAAUGUGGGGUGUAUGCAAAAUGCAGUUUUGUAUCUAUUUUGAAAAUAAGUGUGGGGAAUUUCAACACAUUUUAAAGUUGAGCUAUGGGUAAAAAAAACGUAAGUAAAAUGGAUGUGAAUCUUUAAAGUAUUAGUUGUUCAAUAAUGGCAAUUGACCAAGAAAGUUGGGGUUUUUUAAUGAUGAAAUUAAUGUUCCAGCUGCACCUGUGCUCAAGUUUCUAUUCUGAGCAUCACUCUGCAACCACUGAAUAUUUUUUGUUAAUAUGAGCAUCUUGAAUAUACCCCAUUUCCAUCCAUCCUUGCUUUGUUUAUCAUAUUUUGUAGUGUAAACACACCUUAGAUGUUUCUCAAUCCCAAGGACGCUGUACAUCUCAAGUCAAUUUGUUAGUAUGGAAAUUUUGUAAACCAGAUUUUUGCAGUUCUGUAUGUAUAUCUUAAUUAAAUAAUAUAAAAAAACA